UAAUAAUUACUGUCAAUAAUCAAAAUCCUUGUAUUCAAACAAAACUUCGACUAAAGUUACUUUAGGGAAAUAUGUAUUAAUGUCGAAGUAAAAAAAAACAAAAUUUCAGUACUAAUGGCCUUUAAUUAUCUAAAUCUUGUGUAAACAUUUCUUAUUAACUGAUAAGAUUUCAAUAAGUCGUUCUUUUGAUAACAAUCGGAAUUUAUCACCGAGUUAAUGUCCUGCUAUAAGUUAUUACAUCUUCAUUUACAUCAUUUACAGUACUCGCACGGGUUUAGCGAUCUCAGUGGUCGUUUCAAGAUAGUGCGAAGAACAUACCUUACCAAUAAUAUGGCGACUCGACGUCAAGCUUUGUUACUUUCGUCAUCAAAUUGUCAUGGUUUCUCUUUGUUGGAAUUUGCUAAGAAAGAAAUGUGCGACUUUUUGACAAAAAAUAAUGUCAGCGAAUUACUCUUUGUACCGUAUGCUCAAAAGGAUUACGACGCUUACACAUCUAAAAUGCAGGAUGUUAUCGAACCAUGGGGAUUUACAGUAACUGGUUUACAUAGCUAUCCUGAUGUCAUUGGAACAGUUAAUUCAUCAAAAGCAAUUUUUGUAGGCGGUGGAAAUACUUUUUUGCUUUUAAAAACACUGUAUGAACAAGAUUUGGUCAGUCUGAUAAAAAAAAAAGUUGAUGAAGGAAGCCUUGUAUAUAUAGGUAGUAGUGCUGGGACAAAUGUAGCCACGAAAAGCAUUCAUACAACAAAUGAUAUGCCAAUAAUUUACCCUCCAUCAUUUGAAGCUAUUGGUAUUGUACCUUUUAAUGUAAACCCACAUUAUAUUGAGACUGAGCAUGAAACCCAUAAGGGUGAAACAAGGGACCAAAGAAUAUUGGAAUACUUAGAAAUGGGUCAUGCAAGUCCUGUACUAGGUUUGAGAGAAGGCUGCAUUUUACAUGUCAAUGGAUAUCAGUUGACUAUUAAAGGAAUUGCUGGUGCAGUUUUGUUUAAUGUGGGUGACAUAAGGCCAAGACAUUAUGAUGUUGGUUCAGACAUGUCAUUUUUGUGUGACCAAAUAAAGGAAGUGGAAUAGGGGCACCUGGGUAUAAUAACUACAUAUGGAAGUCAAAAUAAUAGUGUUUAUUUUUAUUGAAUAUAUUGUAUUAUAUUUAAUCUUG